UACCGUAGUACAUUCUUUCCUGGCUGCGCCACUAUUCGGAGGUGUGCGGUAAUGAUGGCGGCGCUCUGGGAGCUUGUCUCAGGCCGGCCGCUGUGCCGUGUGGAAUGAGUCGCUGUGUGAGCCGAGCCUCCUCUCUUAUUUACAUUGGACGGCUGACGUGCUGCAUGCAUGUAGUAGACGGACGUGUCACUUCAGCUGGGAUCUGUCGUUGUGUGUCCUAGAAGGACGGGGGGAGCGGCGGCACGAUGGGCCUACUGGAGAGACUGAGGAAGGAAUGGUUUAUACUGGGGAUCAUACUGGUCAUCACUGCCGCCAAACUGGAGCCGUCCGUCGGAGAGCAAGGGGGACCAUUGAAGCCUGAAAUUACCAUUACAUAUAUUGCGGUGUCAGCCAUAUUCUUUAACAGUGGACUGUCCUUAAAAACAGAGGAAUUGACCAGUGCAUUGAUGCACGUGAAACUUCACCUCUUCGUUCAGUUGUUUACACUCGUCUUCUUUCCAACCGCAAUAUGGUUUUUCCUUCAAGUGCUGUCACUUACUCCAAUCAAUGAAUGGCUCUUAAAGGGUUUGCAGACAGUAAGCUGUAUGCCGCCUCCAGUUUCCUCAGCAGUAAUUUUGACCAAAGCCGUCGGUGGUAAUGAGGCUGCUGCCAUCUUUAAUUCUGCAUUUGGGAGUUUCUUGGGUAUUGUAGUGACUCCUCUGCUGCUACUUCUGUUUUUGGGAUCAUCCUCUUCGGUACCCUUUACCUCUAUAUUCUCCCAGCUAUUCAUGACUGUUGUUGUUCCACUCAUCAUUGGUCAGAUUGUGCGGAGGUACAUCAAGGACUGGCUGGAAAGGAAGAAACCUCCAUUUGGUGCGAUUAGCAGUUGUGUCCUGCUUAUGAUUAUCUACACCACCUUCUGUGAUACCUUCUCUAACCCAAAUAUUGACCUGGACACUUUCAGUUUGGUUGUUAUUGUAUUUAUCAUAUUUUUUAUUCAGCUAGCAUUCAUGCUUUUAACAUUCCUGUUUUCUACUAGUAAAAAAAGUGGUUUUACGCCAGCAGACACAGUGGCAAUAGUAUUUUGUUCAACACAUAAAUCGCUUACCUUGGGUAUUCCGAUGCUGAAGAUUGUGUUUGCGGGAUAUGAACAUCUCUCAUUAAUAUCUGUUCCUUUGUUGAUUUAUCAUCCGGCUCAAAUUCUACUUGGAAGUGUAUUAGUGCCAACGAUAAAAUCUUGGAUGCUUGCCAGACAAAAGGCAUUGAAGUUAACAAGGCAGCCAAAGGUCCCAUUAUAACAGCAAAAGUAAAGCAGUGUAAAUAUGUACUACUGUGUUAUACUGUACAUAUAUACAUCAUACUAAAGACUUAUGUCUGGGAAUGCUUCAAUGCAUAUUUUAUUUUUUUACAUACAACUCUGAAUAUCUAAGUGCCUUACGGAUGCAUUUGGUGAAUACUUAGUUUGAACAGAAGAAGCCAUGUUGAUGUUCUAACUCAUCUUUGUAUUUUUUUAUUUGAAAAAUAAAGAUCCUUUGAGCCUGA